UAAAUUUUUAAGUUUUGACAGGUAGGUGCAUCGCAAGUGAAUAUUUAAACAAUAACAAUUAUAAAUAUUUACUAUCACGUGUAAGAGUACUAUAUAUAUAUAUCUCUCAAAGGAAGAUUUAAACGCAAACUGAUAGCGUUAGCAAGGAACUAAUUGAUGGAUAUUGUCAGGAUCAAAAUUUUGGCUGCAUAAGUAAUGUAAAUAAAUAAAAACUAAAGGGAAAAUGAUUAAAAUAAUAAGAAAAAAAAAACGUUUUGAACUAAAGUUGAUCGCAUAUGUUUUGUUAGUUCAAAAUAAAUAAUUGAUUGGAGUUAACCUAUACUUUAGUUUAGUUUAGGAAAAUAAAAUUGUAAAUAGUCAGUCAAGAAGUCUUACAAUAUCAAAAUAAUAAAAAUAUAAUAUUCAAUGACGUAAAAAUCAUAUAAAAUGUUUAAAAUUGAAUCAUACAUUACACCCAUAAUUUUAAAUUAUGUGGGAAAAUUCGUCAAGAAUUUUAAACCUGAACAAUCUCAGGUUUCUCUGUGGGGUGGAGAUGCAACAUUCCAAAAUUUAGAUCUAAAACUGAGUGUUCUAAAUGACGAGUUGAAAUUACCAUUUAAAUUUAUCAGUGGUCACAUUCAUGAGCUAUCAAUUCAUGUACCAUGGGUUAAAAUUGCGUCAGAGCCAAUAGUUGUUACGAUUAAUACUAUUGAGUGCAUUUUGAAAAUGAGAGAUGAUUCCGAUGUCAAUAGCGAUAAUAAUUUUCCACAAAAAAUUAAUUUUGAUACUCUACAAGAAGAAACGCCAUCUAGUUACAUAAAAACUAUCGUUACAAAAGUCGUGAACAAUAUAACAAUAAAUUGUAACAACUUAAUACUGAAGUUCGUCGAAGAAGAUAUUGUUCUCAGUGUCAACAUAAGAUUUUUCGGAUUACAAACUGUGAACAAUGAAUGGAAGCCAUCAUUUACUGAUAUCUAUACAACUGACAUGAUAUUAAGAAAAUUAAUAACCAUCGAAGAUUUAACUCUCUGCCUAGAUCGCAUGGAUGCUUCCGGUAAAAUUGAAAUUUAUCAAGAUCCAGUUGUUUAUCGAUGCUCGAUGACGAUUCGCUGGCUAAUUGAUUAUCAAAAACAGAAAACCGAUUCAACAGAACGUGAGUCAAUAACAAGAUUCGACGUUCACUGUAAAAAAAUAGAAUUUAGUAUGACUGAACAUCAGUUACCGAUGAUCAUGAGGUUAGUUACAUUGAUAAUUAAUUCAUUACAAUCUGAAUUAAACUCCAGAGAUCGUAUGUCUGUGAGAAGUUCCGAAGGAAUCGAUCAAAUUUCUGUAUCUAGUGAUGACAGUUUAUUUCCGGGAAGUUCUAAUACUUCAGUUGUAGCUCGACCAACUAACAAUAUCAGCUGGAGCUCAUGGGCAUGGCAGACUGUCACAUCAUUAGUUCCCGAUUGGAAUAACGAUUUGUCUCUAAAUAAAUCGUUAGAUAACAAUAUUCAAGUAAUUAAUUUUGGAAUUUAUGUGGACGAAACUAUUUUUACUUUUAAAGUUAUCGAAGUUAGUCAAGAAGUUUAUUCACGAAAAAAUUUGAAAGUUAAAUAUCGACCGUGCAUUUCACUACGACUGUCAGCAGUGUCCACAUCCGUUUUAGUUUAUGAUAUUAAUUUUACAGCAGUACAAAUUAAACUCGGUUACAUAGGACUUUAUCCACAAGGUAACUGUAUCUGUGGAUUCGCAGAAGUUAAAAACAACCUUGAGCCCACAUUCUAUCUGACUGCCGGAUCCUUCCAAUCAGACUACAAUAAAAGUUCACUUUUUGAUAUCAAUGCAAACGAGAACAAUGGAUUAGCCAAAAAUUAUAAAGAAAUUAUGUCUAAAGCUUUACUAUCUAAAUUUUUUAAUAACAAUUCUGACAAAUCUCCAGCUCUGAUGAUCGACUUUGUUCAUUUUAUUGAAAUACCUGCAGAAAUGUCCAAGAAAGAAUUGUUUAGAUUCAACGGAAAUUUUGAGUUUUGCAAUUUUAAAGAGACCAAAGUAACUCGAUACUAUAUCGGUAAUUUAACAGUCAAGAUAUGCUCUGGUAUAAUUCAUCGUCUCUCCGCUAUCGCUGAUUUAGUUGAGAAGGAUUUUCUGUCUUGUUUUAGUGAUAAAAAUAAUGAUACAUUAAUUGAAUCUCCAUCAACAACAAUUGAAGAGUUCGAUGCAUUAAAUGAAUACGUCGCGACCGAAAAAGUCGAACUAGUCGUCAAUCAAUUAACUGUUGAAAUAUUUUUAGCGAAUCAUCAUCACGAUAUUCGUAAAAAUAAUCCAGAUAAUAAUGCGAAAAAUUAUAAGUUCUCACUAGAUUAUCCUCGGCUCGCAUUUGAAAUUGACAAACUCGAGUUGUCUACAGUAUCGCCUAUUUAUCCAUUAAGAGUAGUAUUGUGUGCAUGCAAACAAAUCAAAGUCCCCAAGGAAAUGUUGGAUAGCUGCUAUAAAACAUAUCAACUAAAUAUAUGUAAUUUAAAAUGUAAAUUACAUCUGGCAGAAAAUAAUCAAAUGAUAUUUAUAUCUCCAUUCGGUUGUAAGUUAUCUGCCAAGUCUUUAAUUUAUCCGCAAUAUUGGAGUGAGUAUAGUGACGUAAUUCAAGCGUCGACUGAUUUAUUUAUUGACAACUUAACAAUUACUACAACGAAAGUUAAAUUUCUUAUUAUUUAUACUAUUUUAACGUCUAUUUUUUUAAAAAUAAAUACAAAUAUUACAAUGUUUUUAUCUCUUUUUCACGAGGCAUGUAAUGAAACAAAUCAGGUUUACCUAGAGUUAACACUCGAACGAAUAAAUUAUUUUAACUCACAGUUUUUAAUGUUUGUAUUGACUAAAAUAAAUGUCGGGUCUGUUAAAAUUUUUGUAUUAAACGAUAUAACGCAGGCGUUUAUUAUGUCAGGCCCGGAAAGUCUGAGUGAAAAAAAUACAAGCCACUUAUUAUAUUUAUUUACCCAACUACCACGUUAUUGGGACAACGAAGUCGAUAAUUUAAUUAUUAAAUUUCAUUUUAAUAAAACCCGCGUUAUUUUAGAUCCUCUUUUAUUCGAUUGGUUAGACUAUAAUUCAAAUUUUAACGAUAAAAAUAAUUCCCUGAUUUUGUUAGACAAUUAUGGGGUAGAUGAGACAUCGUCAGACACAAGCACUAGAAAAAAAUUUCCAAGCCUGCAUGAAAACGUUCACAGUUUAUCGGAGGGGGAGUGUCGAUUUAAUGCAUUUAAUUGGAUUAAAGAUAACUAUAAAAAUGAUAACCAAAAAGAAAUGACACCAAAUAAUUAUAAAAUUCAAUCAUCGUUAUUUACAAGAGUUAUUUUAGAUUAUUAUUCCAAGUGGCGGCGUUUAAUAUUCAAUAUAACUAUCGAUAACUGUACUAUAUAUCAACCAACCCUGACAAUAAACUGUCUUGGAGUCGAUGGAAUUGAAGAAGCCAAAGAACGCGCGCUAAAUUCAAACGAUGCGCUAAAAUUAUUUGUCAUAAAUACGUCAAAAUUGAAUAUACAGUCAGCGAGUUGGAAUGACAGCUAUCAUUCAGAAAUGACUUCGUGCAAUAUAUUGAGAAUAAAUGACGUAAAGUUAAAAAAUUUUCCCUGGACUCUAGAUCUCACCAGAUUCCACUGUUUCACUUUGAUAAAUAAAAAAGUAAACAACUUUCUAAGUAUCGAUUACUUCAAUACAACAAUUGAUUCCACAUUAAAGUCUAAUGUCAAUGAAAAUCACGACAGUUCAAGUUCAUUAGGAUUUUGCAUUUACAUAAAUACGUCACCAAUUUUAUUUUCAUUAACGAACAAACAAUUGGAAUUGAUUGAUGAUUUACUGAAUAGAAAUUUUAAAAUAGUUGAUAAAUUAUUUACUACGCCGUGUAAUACAAAUAAUCAAUCAAAUUUCAAAUUUUAUAACGAUAAUUUCAAUUGUUCUGUGAAAAAUCCACUGAGUCCAACUCAAAUAUUUUUUAUGGAAACUGAUACGAUGUCAACAUCUGCAACUUCAAAAAAUGACGUAGAAUUGGAGCCGAUUAAUGGUGACAGUGUCACUGCCUGGAUUCAAUGGACGAUAACAAAAAUGAUUAUUGAGUUACUGACAGAUGAAGACGUAGAAUCAAGCUGUGAAAAUUACAAUUACAAAGUUAUCGUUGAAUUUGAAGACAUUAUAACGUCAUUAGACUGGCAGCCGAUUUAUGUGAAAUUAAAAAAUAAAAUAACAAGUGCCAAAAUCCUGCAUUACAGAAAAUUAUUUAAUGAAGAUGACAGCAAUUGGAUGCUCGGUGACUUUACGGGGUUUAUAAUGUCAAGUAAAAGUGAAAAUUUAGACAAAAAAUUAAAUGAAAUAGACUUUUUGAGCUUUACUUUAACAAUAGCGAAAUCAAAUAACGUUUAUCACAAAUGGAUGAGAUUUAAAAAUAAAUUUUCUAAAAAUUGUUUGUUCAACGAAGACAAUGCUUUCGCAAUGUCCAACUACGUGACUGAAAUCGUCAUCGAGGUACAAAUGUUAGAGAUAAUUUUACCGAUUAAUUUAAUCCAAAAAUUUAAAGUAUUUUUGAACUUCCGUUUUACAAAACAGAGUAGUAGAUCUAGCGCCGAAAAUUUUAACAAUCAUAAGUUCCCGCUCGUAUACUUAGACCUGAAAGGAGUUACAUUGAUAAUUCCAAUAGAUUUUCCUUCCAAUCAACGGUACGACACAUUUAUAUUAACAAACGAUGGGAUUUCCAUAAUCCCACAUGCCGAUAAUCCCAUCUGCCGUAUGAUCCUACGACCAGACAUUUACGAACUUGCUGCGCAAUCAAAUAUUUUGAAUACUCCUAGUUCGAUUUUAGAGGACCGUCAAUACCAAAUAAAAGUAAAUGGCAUCAGUAUUUCAAGUACUAACUGGAUAAAUUAUCAUGUGAAAGCCACGGAACGGAAAACGCCAUUACUGUUUACGAUGAACGAGAACCCAGCGUUGGAGUGGAAUAAACUUGAAAAUAUUUUGAUUGACAAUAAAUCAACAGUGUGUCCAUUGGUAAAUAGAUUUGAUUUGUGCUGUAUAAUAGCGCCUUCAAUGGUGUUGAAGUCAAAAAUUAUUGUAUGUGGGAACGCCAUAGAAAUCACUUGUCUCACUGAUAUUAAAAUGGUUAUUAAUCUAGACCAGAUAAAAUUGUUCUCAAUAUUUUGUUCUAAACUAGAGCAACUGGAAAUUGAUGUCAACAAAACAUCUGAUAAGUGUAAUAUAAAUACUUACUAUUGUCCGACAACUUUACCUACUGUUCAGGAGACUCGAAAUGAAUCAAUUCAAGAAUCUUAUCGCGAAUCAGUCCAAGAUUCAGGAGUCGACGUUGGUUCCUCAAGUGUUGACGGAAAAAUAUAUGUAAAUUCCAGAGAUCCAGAGAUCACAGAACCAUAUGAGAAUGUUAUUAACUGCGGAAAAUUAUCAAUCGCUAUUUAUAAAAAUGAUGAUGAAGAUCCGGACAAGUGCAGUUUUAAAAUCCCGUUGGCUUUCGUCGCAAUUUAUCAGCCCAAUGUCUAUAUUUCUCGAAAUAAUCGCAAUCGCGUGGUCCGUAUUAAUUGUUUUGAUGUAUCAGUACUGUUUAGUGAAAAAGACACCAAGAUCACGACUCUACCGGAUGUUGAUUGCUAUAAAAAUGUAUUAGUACAGACGAAAAGUGGAGAUCCGCAUUCCAUUACGGGAAUACCGCCGUCUAUUUUUGUUGUCAAAUGGGAAAAUAACUCGGGAUAUUGCAAAAUAUCUGCGGAAGUAGGUCGGCCUACUAAAAUAAAUGUGUCGACGGCGCUUAUUGAUCAAAUAAAUAAUUUGAAUAAUGAGUUCACUCGGGCGUUUGAUUGGAAAAAAGAAGAAAAAUCUAAAAGCUCAUCAUUUUUGAAUGAUUAUCUGAUGAUUAAAAAUAACAGUGAUAUUAUUGAUGUUAAUUUCACUACUAAACAAAUAGUCGUAGCCGUUAUGAUUGAUUAUGCUAGAGAAAUAAUUGGCAAUUUAUCGGAAUUAUCAAUUACUUUGUUGAGUAAAAUAAGGAAAAUUCAAGCAUCUGUGGAUUUAAAUUCACUUGUGAUAACUACCAAUACAAAAGGAUGUUUGAAAGCUCUAUUGAAUCCAUUAUCUUGUAAUUUUGUUGCGAAAAUAAUAUUAGAGUCAUGGCAAGAUUUAGAUGAAUCUCCGUUGAUAAGAUUUCAAGGCUACAGCGAUUCAAUAAACAUCGAUCUGGGUCCAGAACAAGUUAAAUUUAUUGAAAAAAUAUCGAGCGAGUUUGAAAAUUAUUUAAAAGAAUACACUGAUGAGAAGAGUAAUGAAGAAGAAGUUACCCAAAUAUCAUCAACUGAGCAGUAUUAUCAAGAUGACUUGAGAGCUGGCGCUUUUCAAUUUGCUGAUGGAACAAACGAUCAAGUUCCGCUGCCCUACCAAGUUAUUUUUUCAAAUUACCCCCGUAAAAUAAUGGCUUGGAAAUAUCCACAGCCGCGGAUUUUGACUCGUUUGAAUCUGACUAAUAUUCUGUGGAACAUAAUCGAUGACUUAGACAUUGAUUUGGAUCAAAUAAAUUGUAUAAUUGAGUACUGGAAUGACAACUUGAUGUCUUAUCAACGUUUCAUCAAAUUUAAUAUGUCAGAGUCUGAUAAUUUGACAUCAUUACUGAAUAAGUCACCGUCGAGGGCCGUUUCUUGUCUCUGGAGAGCAACUAUUUGUUCAAAUGAUGAAGAAAUUAACUCAAUGACACCUCGUGACUUAGCCGGGUGUCUGAGAAUCGACUCUUAUUUCAAUUCUUCAUAUAUUCCAAGCAUAGAAGUGACUUUGAAUAUUAAUUAUAUUAAAAUAUCACUUUUUAAUAAUUUCUACAACCAUAAUUACAAUAUCUUGCCAUUUCCACUUGACAAAUUUAAGCUGAACAAUUUUGUGCCUUUGAAUCAAUGCUUCGCUGAUUUUAUAGUAGAAAACAAUUGCUUGGUAUACAAUAAGUGGAUUAAUGACGGAGUAAUAAGUAAUUUUAUUGGAAAUUUAAGUGUCAAAAUUAUAGAUUACGAAUCGAUGAUGAUGCACAAAGUACUUGAAUCACUUGAGUUCAAAGCUCAGCUAAAUAAAUUAAAUCCUACCAAGUUUUCAUUAACGAUAAGCGAAAUGACAUUAAGACUUGGACCGGAAAUAGCUCAUACAUUAAUACUGUCAUUAGACCAAUGGAAUUCGACCCUAAAAAAUGACGAAAGUUGUAAAAAUUGCAGUAUUUUUAAUAGAAUUAUUUUAGCUAAUGACUGUAAUUUACCGAUAAGGUUUUCUCAAGACAAAACAACUGAUGAUAUUAUUCUACAAACCCGCGAGUGCUAUUUUUACUCAUGGCGGCAAAAAUCAAAUUUAAAAUUACGCGUCGCAAUUAAAAUAGAUCAGACUUGGGUCUGGAGUGAUUUAUUUAAAAUAAAUAACAACAGUAAUUACAACGUAAUUGAAAUUAACGUUAACAGUAAAGAUAAAGUUAAAAUUCACUACAAAAUAAAAUUUAUUACUUCGACUCAAAAAAUUAUUUUUUUCACUGGGCAAUUAAUUGUAAAAAAUGAAUUGACUGACGAUUUUGAAUUGAAAUUAGUCCAGUAUAAUACAACUGCUGAUAAAACUCUCAAGUCGGAAUCGACCUUUACUUUAUUAAGAAAUCAUCAGCCGCAAUCUUUCUUGAUCAACGAUAUAAGUAACGUUACUAUGAGACUACGAUUUAUAAAUCUGACAAGUUCUACGUCUUGGACUGGGGACAUUCCAUUGAAAGCAAAUCCAAAAUGUGACCAGCCGUGGCUUGUAAAAUUACCUUUCAACAACAAAAAUCAAUUCUUGAGCAUUUGGGUUCGUAACAUUCGUGAAAAUUUACUUAAUGAUAUUAAAAUACUAGUAAUUUUAAGUCCACUGUAUUUAAUACAGUCGUGGUUACCAAAUCCCGUAGAUAUUAACAUCGAAACACCGACGCUCAAUUCAUCGAUAUCUUCAAUCUUAAGUGGUCGUGGUGAAAGACAGCAAAUUCACUGCCCCGGUACCUUCGAACAUCACCAUUUAUUAAAACUGAUAUUCAGCGAAGACGUCAGUACGAAUUUGAAUUUUCCAAUCUCGUAUAAUUCAAUUGAUCAACGUAAUUUUUUCAAACGUCCAGAGAACGAAAAAAUUGAUGACAUUUUGAACCAACUGUCGGACAAUAAAAGUGUAAAAAAAAAUUUCUGGCCUGUAGAUGAAAAUUACAACUGGGUUUCUGUCGUUAAAUCUCAAACGUAUGUCCAAAUAAAUUAUAGAGACGCGGGUUUAAUUUCCAGUACAUUAUUAGUAGAAAUACGUCCCUGGUGUUUUAUUUUAAAUGUCUACAGUAGAAAUAUAAAUUUAGUAUCGCCGGAAAUUGAUUUUAUGUGUACGAUUCCAAGUAAUAGUGUGACGUCACCCCCUAAAAUUUUAGAAAUAUUUCACAUCGGGGUUGAAUUAUUCAAUGAUAAAUUUAUGUCACCGCCACUUCAGUUUGCGAAUUCAGAAUCGAAUCGCGGAUUUAUCAAACCUCAGAUUAACGGGCUGAUACCAUUAGAGGGAAAUAUUGAAACUUUCAUUGAUUGUGGAUCUGUAACUAUCAACUUGAUAAUUAAUUCCCAUGUGAUAGACAAUACACGAGUCAUUAAAAUAAUGAGCAGUCAUGUUGUUUGUAACUUGACCAGCCAUUCUUUAAAAUUAGCCUCCAUUUACGUAGAGAAAAAUUGUUCAAAUAUUGACUUCACCACUGGACUAACAGAAGUCCAAUUAAAUUUACCGGCAUCUAAAAACGAUGGCAUAGGACUUCCUAUUGAGAGCUGGCACAAUUUAGGAAUUAAAAAUUAUGACAGAAAUAAUUUUAAUUCGUUUAUUUCACUGACGUUAGAGGAACUGAAUGACAUUCACAGUUGGUCUUGUCCAAUAAAACUCGACCAAUCAUUCGGACGAAAUUGUGUUUCAAUCAGUAAUGGAAAUAAAGCCAUUCCGAUAAUCGUCAUGACUCAAAAAGAUCGUGAUGUAGUUUACGUUACGAUAAUUGAGGAUCAAUUCCCACAGUUUACAAUCACUAAUUCUUGUUCAUUUACGAUAAUGGCUGGGCAUCCGAAUCCAACUUUAGAUUCAUUAGAGCUAGACGCGCCACCAUUUAAUUGGGCUUGCAAUGUGAGACCAGGAUAUUCUUGUCACUAUACGCUUAAAAAAUUUGGAAGUUGUAUUCCUGACAGUUCAAUUGAUAAGGAAAUUUUUGCUCAACUAUGGCUGUGUAUUCCACUUGAACAAAGUGCCGACAAUUUAAAAAAAAAAGUUAUUGAUAAAUUUAAAAAUGAUUCUGUUUUGAUUAAAAUAAUUGAGUUUCCAGUUGAGUAUCCAGUGAAAUUUGAUCGAUUUAUUGGUCUUGACCAUAACGGUCCCGUUAAAAUAAUUGUGGAAAGCUGGGGUCACUCUAUUUUUAUAAACAUCGAACCGAAGUCUAAUAUUGAGGUGUCAGUUCGUGACAUUAGAAGUCGGCUGAUAAGUGAAAAAGACAAAUUGUAUGACUCAAGAUUACCAAGUGAUUCAAAAUAUUCAAGUGUUAAAAGUUUACAAUCGUCGAUAGAAAAUACUAAAUGUACAAAUUCAAAGUCUGAAGACGUAGAAAGCACACGUUCAUCGCGAGAAAAAAUUGCGGUAAAUUUAAACGACCAUUCAGAUACCGUUUGUUCCCUUUAUUUGCAUAAAAUUAAUAUUAUAAUCACCCAAGACGGUGAUGAUGGAGUUUUAAACGAAGUCGCUGCACUUUACUUGACUAAUACAUUUAUUUUAAUGACAUCAAACAUCAAAUGUCUCAAUUUAAAAACAUUUAUUGGUGAUUUACAGUUAGACAAUCAAUUAUUCAAUAACGGCGGCUAUGAUUUUCCAGUUGUUCUUAUAAACCAAAAACCAGCAGCAGUGAACAAAAAUAUGGUCGAUUUAUCUGUCUCUCCUGAGUCUACUGUAUUUGAAUUAAAAGAUGAAUCUUUGAUUACUUUCGAGCUUUCAUUAGACAAAAUAUAUGACAAAAAUGCAUAUAAAAAUGUAUACAUAAAAAUAUUACCGACAAAUAUUUACAUUGAAGAUAAAUUUAUUUCUCAAUUAUUGGACUAUCUCUCAACAAUAAUCCAACCCUAUAUUUUUACAUCUUCUCAAAAUUUAAAUUUGACAAGAAAAAAGUCUUCGAACGAUAAAUUACUAGUCGGCGUUCGGAUUCCUACUAAUGUCAUAGUGGACACUAAAAUAAUAAGCUCGCCAUUGAGACUGCAAAAUUUAAUAAUCGAGCCGAUUUCAAUUCUUGUUAGUGUUCAUACAUCUGUGAGACUUUACAUAGCUUUAGAUCAUUCCCCAUUACAUUUUGCUAUUUUUGAAAGACGUAAUCUCUUUACUACACCUUACAGAUUAGGUAAUGCCCUGACUAUGCAUUAUUUAUCAGGGGCGAUUUUCGGCGCAGGGUGGGUAGUUGGUUCGUUGGAAAUUCUUGGCUCCCCAGGAAGUUUUGCUCAGGCAGUAGGACUAGGUCUCAAAGAUUUCAUAUCCCUACCGUUCCAAGGUUUACUUCACGGCCCGUGGGGAUUUAUUAUGGGGAUUACUCAUGGGUCUGCAAGUCUAAUGAAAAACGUAACUGCAGGUACAGUUAACUCAGUGACUAAAUUAGCCUCCAGUGUUGCCAAAAAUCUCGACCGUCUGACUCUCGAUAACGAGCAUUUGCAGCGACAAGAAGAGUCGAGAAGACUAAAGCCUCAAGGAAUGACCCAGGGCUUUUAUCAAGGUCUCACAAGCUUCGGAAUAAGUAUUUUAGCAGCAGUCGCUGGUCUUGCUCAUCACCCACUUCAAAAUUUUUUGUCCAGUGACUCGACAACUCGAGGCAUUGUUACGGGAGUUGGAUUAGGGCUCGUUGGAGUUGUAACGAAACCUCUCAGUGGUGCUGCAGAACUUGUCGCACUUACUGGCCAAGGAUUACUUCAAGGUACUGGUUGGAAUCCACUGCCAUUACCAAAACGUAAUGUCAAAGUUACUACAAACAAUUCAUGUGAUUUAGAGUAUCGGUUUUUAUGGAAACUUAUGGAUUAUAUUAUUGAAAAUCAUGAUGAUAUUUUAUAUUUGAUAAAUGCCCAUUUACUUGAUACUGAUGAAAACAAAAAACCGGUAAUAUUAAUUUUAACAAGAAAAAAGUUGAUCAUUAUUGAUAUUCAAAAUGAUAAUGUACAAAAAAUAUUUUCGUUUAAUGACUUCCAUUGUUCAGACGAUAAUAUGCAAGACUCUAAAUUGUUUAGGUUGAUAUUUACAACAAAUACAAACACAAACAAGUCAAAAAAUAACUUUUAUUCCGACGAACAAAGGGAAAUAAAUGACGAAAUGAGAUCAAGAGUAGAACAAUAUGUUUUGACUGGUGGGUUUCAUAAUUAUUAUAGUGCUACUGGCAAUAACACUGUAGUUACCUCGGAUUCUAACUGUUGUAAUGACAACUCUUUGUUAUUUAUUAUAGAUUUUCAUAAAAAAAAUUAUUUGAUAAGCAUUAUUAAGUUAAUAAAAAGACAGAGUCUACAAAAAGAUUUCACUGUUAUAUAAUUCAAAUAUGUAAAUUUUUUGUUUUAUUCUUAUAAAAUAUAUUCAUAAAAAAAUAUUAUUUAUUUUAUUUAUUCACGAGAAUUGUUGCAUUGUUAAGUCAUCUAUAUAUUUAUGAUUAAUAAGGUAACUCUGUAUUUAAUCGUCUCAAUAUAUA